CAGUCCAUUCGAUGCGCCUCGACAAUUGCCGGUUAAGUGGGGCUCGUCUUUCUCAGCGAAGCGGACUGCCAUUUAUGAAGAUCAGGAGUGGGCGACCCCACAUUCCAAUGCUAGGCACACCCAGGCACCAGGCCGAAUCGGGCCGAAUAAUUAAUUGUGCAAAACUGCAAAAUAAUGCAGAACAAUGGCCGGGCUUUUUGGGGUGUAAAAGCAUUUCGCCAGCUCAUGGCGAUAGCUCUCCAAAUGCAAAGACUAUAGAGAAACCAUAGCCACGGAGUGGGACGAGGUCCGUGAGAUUUAUGGCGCUCGCCCAACUCCGGAAUAUCCCAAGCCCCCGCGUCGAAGAAGAAAACAUGUGCUUCGCCUUGCUUCGCUUUACUUCGCCGAGGUAUCGAGAGCCAGAUCCGGAGAGAUAUAGCCCGAUCGUGGGCUCUCAGCGCCUCUCGAUUCCGAGUGACUUAAAUAUGGGUGCUGCCAGCGAAGUAGCUUCAGUUGGUGACUGAAUUUCAGACCGUACACAGCUCCUAAAAAAGCCUAAACACCUCAAGCUAAACGCGCAAAAGACCGCAAGUGCAUAAAAAUACGAGAGUGGAAUCGCACCCAAUCGCAGAAAAUAUUAUACAAUUUCUUUUUAAACCUUGAAUACCCAAAAACUCAACUGCAAAAUGCAAGUGGAUAAAGUUUGUGCCGCCAUCGCGCUCAUCGCAAUCUUCGCCAGCGUUGUGGAUGCAGCAGUUUACACCAAGCCCGCCAUCAUCUCUCCUGAACAUCCUGGCAAGUGCUACGACAAGCUGUACCGCAUGGCCCUGCUGCCCGACAAGGAGUACACGCCGAAGGGCUUCUGCGCGGCGAUGACUUGCGACCUGAAGGCCCGCGAGAUCAGCAUCGAGACCUGUCCCUAUGUGGAGGCCCCUGGCUGUGAGGAGCUGCCCAGCGACCGCAACUGGCGGUUCCCCAAGUGCUGUCCGCGGUUCAAGUGCGUCGACUUUAAGACCGGCAAGGACAUUAUCGUCUCGCUGUAGAUCGGCUAUAUGUAUAGAUCCACCCUAUAUAGCCGCAACUGAAACGUGAUUUUACAUGAAAUGUAUUCGUAGUUUUGUAAUACCUAAAAAAGAGAGAGAGCGAGAUCGUGUGAAAGCGAGAGCGAGCGACUCACUAUUGGAAAUUUGACCCCCUUUUCUGGCCAAAACCCAUUUUCUGAAAGUCGGAGGGGCGGUGCCCCGCCCACCCCAUACAAAGAACACAAACUAAAUAUCUCACCCCGGAGUUCUUAAUUUAGGCCAGAAGAAGUGGUCAAAUUUCCCAUAGUGCGACUGUGUGCGUGUGUGUUUUAUUCUUAAUUUAUUUAUUUUUAUUUGUAAAUAACACAUUAUCUGCAUAAACCCCCAAAAACCGCGUCAUGUUUGAAAAUGUGAACAUAAUUAAAUUUGUUUUGAUUUAUUCAAAAAUCCCUGUAUGCGAUAUUUGCAAGUAUGACUAACCACCAUCAACCAGCUAUGUUUAGUCCAUAAGAUUUAAGCGAAGUAAUAAAAAAUCUGAAAUAUGCAAA